GGAAUCAGGAUUUACUAUCCCCCCGAUCAGAUCGAGGGAAACCCUCGCCUCUCCUCCGCUCUUCCGUUCCGCGCCGCGCCCCCUAUCCUUCAACCCAAGCUCCUCCUCCUCGACAUCUGGCGACGAUCACCGGCGGCAGUCACCCUCUCCGACAGCCGUUCACCAGAUUGCAUCAAGUGAUGUGCUACCUUGGUUCUAUGAACACAAAGACUAUGAUCAAUGCCGGAAGCAUGAAAUGACCUGGACAAGGCCAUGCAUCGAAUAUUUGGGCAUUAGCUCGGCCGGAAUGACCUCUGUAUCUGAUGCUCAUGCAGGAUGGAUGUCGACAGUUGCUAUUUGGACGGAAAUGCUGACGCUGUCGAGUUUUGCCCGCAUCAUCCCUUUCACCAUAUUCUGGCUGCCGCAACGUAUACUCUAGAAGAGGGAAAUCAACCACAUCGAUCCGGGAGCAUAUCGCUUUUCUCUGCUGAUGCUGACGUUGGGCUCGAAUUGCUUCAUCGUGUACGCACAACUGGUAUUUUUGAUAUAAAAUGGAAUCCGAGUGGAGAUGGCAGGCGUCCUUUACUCGCUCAAGCUGAUGCGGAUGGCUGUGUAAGCCUUCUUAGUUUACAGUCGAAGUCGGGUGCAGAAGAUCACGGGACUGUUUUGAGGGAAGUCUGUUCGGAAAAAAUCAGUUCUGCCAUGUGCUUAUGUGUGGACUGGAACACAUCGGCAGGGUCCAUUUCGCUUGGUCUUUCAGAUGGUUCAGCAUCUAUCGUCACUGUCAGAGAGUCCCAAUUGCAGUUAUCGCAAUCAUGGGCUGCCCAUGAGUAUGAACUUUGGGCUACAACUUUUGAUACCUGCCGCCCGCACUUAUUGUUCACUGGCUCAGAUGACUGUCGUUUCAGCUGUUGGGAUUUGCGAGAGAGCCCAUCCAAUUUAGUGUUUCAAAAUGCUAAGUCUCAUAAGAUGGGUGUGUGCUGCAUCGCACAGAACCCCAUGAAUUCUAAUAUGCUACUCACAGGAAGCUAUGAUGAAUCUAUCAGACUCUGGGAUAUAAGAUCAACAUCAAAACCUGUAAAUGAGAAAUCUCUUUGCUUAGGAGGUGGUGUUUGGAGGAUCAAGCACCAUCCAUAUAUAUCAAACCUGGUAUUGGCAGCGUGUAUGCACAAUGGUUCUGCUAUUGUCAGGAUAGAAGAGGCGGAUGCUAUUGUAGUGGAAGCUUAUAGGGAGCAUGAAUCAUUAGCAUAUGGAGCAGACUGGCAAAGAGGAGUACGCUUGGAAGAUGGGUCCAAUAAAGGUUCUUUGGUUGCUACUUGCUCAUUCUAUGACCGGCUUCUCCGAUUAUGGAAGCCAGAGAGUGUUAUGGUUAAAUAAUUCGAUGUUGUUAAAUCCUUGACAUUCAUCUUGCAAACCGAAGAAUGUCAUGUCUAGUGCUUCUUAUUCUCUUCAGUAUAAUCUCCAUCAGGUAAGUUGUUUCCGUGGAUAUUAAAUUGACAUUUUCUAUGUUCUUUUUGCUUGUUCAGCAACCUAUGUUAUCUUUACAAGGAAAAAUUAGGAGACUAACAUGUACUGCAAACUCCUGGGAGAUAUAUAAAAAUGUUUUAGUUACUGCCAUUUUGCUAAGGAUCGCAAUCAUGCUUGGCGAGGCAUGAUGUUUUUUAUUACUUCCUGUUGUAUUUGGUGUAAUUUCUAUUAGCUGAACUGUUUUUAUGGAUCUUGAGCUACAAUUUUACUA